UCUCUGGUGCGUUCACUGAGUGAUGAUGAUCUCGACGCAGAGCCAUCAAUGUAUUGGGUCCGUGAACAUCUGGGAUUUUUAGCAGACGAGCAUCUUAUGAACGUAGGGCUAACAAGAGCGUGCAAAGGGCUUUGCAUUAUCGGUAACAAGAACUUACUUAAACAUCACUCCAUGUGGAAGGACUUGAUAGAGUCCUUCGAAAAAAGACACUGCGUGGUCAAUGAAUCUACAUGGCCGAAGAACUAAACAUAUUAUCCAACGUGGAACAUGUAAAGCAUCAGAAAGUCAAAGAAACUUUAAAAUAGGUUCCAAAACAAUGAUUUUACUCCAAAUGCUAUCGCGUAGGUAAAAUAUUAAACAGUGUAAUUUCCGAAAUCAAGCCAUAGACAGCCUCAAUCUAAUGCCAGACAGAAAUUAUCAAACAAAGAAAGGUCGUAGAAAGACUGAGUAACGUACUUGAAACGACCUAAAGCUCCCGAUAAAGGCAUGGAAAUUGUGUGGUUAUUUAACAACUAUACUAACGUCGUGUGUCGAUAAUGUUAUGGAAGUAAUUAAGUGUUAUUGAAAGAAUCUUUCCAGGCGUCCGUUUGUGAUUUUGUUUGAAGUAUAAUUGUACUUUUAAAGGAAACCAUUUGUGGUUUUUCUAUUACAAAUAAUUUGAUCAUUCUCUAACGCUUGUAUCUCUUUAAUUAUCUUAGUCCUGAUUUGAAGUUGGAUUUGCACAUUUUU